CGCCGCUCGUGUUGCAGUCAAAGAUGACUUCUGUAAUCAAGAUUCAAGAGCGCCAUACUGCAGAUAGCACACAUAUACUAGAAGAUGAUAAACCAUCCUCAAUGGGAUGUUUUGGCUGGUUUAUUAUCAUCAUCUCUAUUAUUGUCACAAUAGGAUUGUUUCCUCUUACCAUCUUUAUGUGCGUAAAGAUCGUGCAGGAAUAUGAAAGAGCCGUGAUCUUUCGAUUGGGUCUCAUUGUAGACAGGAAACCAAAAGGACCAGGAAUUUUCUUUGUGUUGCCAUGUACCGACACAUUCAGGAGAGUGGACUUAAGAACGGUGUCAUUUGAUAUUCCUGCUCAGGAGUUCUUGACUAAAGACUCUGUGACGGUUAGUGUGGACGGUGUGGUGUUCUACCGUGUAUUUGACCCCAUCUGUUCUGUGGCCAAUAUCACCAAUGUGGACCAGUCAACAAAGCUGCUGGCACAAACCACCCUGAGAAACGUGCUGGGCAUGAAGAACCUGUCAGAGCUGCUAUCGGACAGAGACGGCAUCUCCUCUUACAUGCAGUCUGCCUUGGAUGAGGCCACUGUUGUGUGGGGCAUUAAAGUGGAGCGGGUGGAGAUCAAGGAUGUUAAGUUGCCCCAGCAGCUCCAGAGGGCCAUGGCGGCAGAGGCAGAGGCGGUCCGUGAAGCUCGUGCCAAGGUGAUAGCGGCAGAGGGUGAGAUGAACGCCUCGCGGGCUUUGAAGGAAGCCUCUCUAGUGAUCGCUGAGUCACCAUCAGCUCUGCAGCUAAGAUACCUCCAGACUCUGAACUCCAUCGCUGCCGAGAAAAACUCCACCAUCGUCUUCCCUCUGCCUAUUGACAUCAUUCAGCAUUUCGUAUCUAAAACAGCUUAAAAACACCCAAUUCUCUUGCUUUCCCUUUGCUGUUCUGAAAUUGUAUUUUGUGUUCAAUGUCUAAACAUUUAAACAUAGCUUCUCAAAGUGGAUUGCAAGGUAAAUUUUAACAGUAUGCGUUCCAUUGAGGAAACAUAUGAAGAGUUAAUUAGCAAUACAGAUAACUGAUUAUUUUUCGAAAUAUUUGUUCCUAUGUAAAAUAAACAAAUAAAAAUUGU